AUUACCAAUUUUAGAAACAAAAGAAAACUGAAAAAGUUGCGAUAUUAUUAAUUUUUCUCCACCACAGCAAUCAAAUCUCAAAUCUCCUACCCACUGAAACCUCAAUUCAACCUCAUCGAACCAGCGCAGCGAGAGAUCGAAGAUCAGAUAUUGAAGCCCCUAUAAUGGGUGACGUCCAGAGAGCGGAGAGCAGUAACAAAGCUAGGCUAGCCAUUAUGGAGCUGGCCAACAUGAUAAGCGUCCCCAUGUCUCUCAACGCUAUCGUCCGCCUCAACGUACCCGAUGCUAUCUGGCAAGGAGGCGCCAACACCCCACUCUCCGUCGUCCAGAUUCUCUCACGGGUACUCCCUUCCGGCGGCGGAGACCCUGAAAACCUCCAGCGUAUCCUCCGUAUGCUCACCAGCUACGGCGUUUUCGAUGAACACCUUAAUUGCAGCGGUGAUGACUCCCACUCCCCUGAGAGAAAAUACUCCCUCACUGACAUCGGAAAAACACUCGUAACAGACGCUGAGGGUCUAUCCUAUGCACCAUAUGUCCUCCAGCACCACCAGGAUGCUUUGAUGAGAGCGUGGCCAUUGGUGCACGAAGCAGUGCUGAAUCCGACAUCGGAGCCAUUCGUGAAGGCGAAUGGGGAGGGAGCUUAUAGUUACUAUGGGAAGAAACCCGAAAUGAACGGGCUGAUGCAAAAGGCGAUGUCGGGAGUUUCAGUGCCAUUCAUGAGAGCAAUAUUGGACGGCUAUGAUGGGUUGAAAGGAGUGAAGAGAUUAGUCGAUGUGGGAGGCAGCGCGGGGGAUUGCCUCCGAAUGAUUUUGCAGAAAUAUCCCCAUGUUGAGGGAAUCAACUUUGAUUUGCCUGAGGUCGUUGCCAAAGCACCUAGUAUUCCGGGCGUGACUCACGUUGGGGGUGACAUGUUUGAGUCAAUUCCAGCGGCUGAUGCAAUCUUCAUGAAGUGGGUGUUGACAACAUGGACAGAUGAUGAAUGCAAGGCGAUAAUGGAGAACUGCUACAAGGCACUUCCUGUGGGAGGGAAAUUGAUAGCAUGCGAGCCAGUGUUGCCCAAGGAAUCAGAUGAUAGUCAUAGGACUCGGGCACUCCUGGAAGGUGACAUUUUUGUGAUGACAAUUUACAGGGCCAAGGGUAAGCAUAGGACACAAGAUGAAUUCAAACAGCUUGGUCUCUCUGCUGGUUUCCCUCAUUUUCGAGCUUUCUUUAUUGAUUACUUCUACACUGUCUUAGAGUUUCAAAAGUAGAACAGAUCUCGAAAUCACUGCCUGACAGACUCAGUAAAAGUCUUUUAUUAAUAAUUAAUAAUGAUAAGAACCCCUUUGGCUGGCCUUA